ACAAGCCACUUUUUUUCAGCUGAAAAUCUGUCACUAGUCCCUUCCAUUUAAAAACACAUUACUAAAUAUUUUCAAUUGAAAGUGUUAGUAUUCAUCUGUUCUGCAUUGCAGUACUGGUAAAGAUAGGAAAUACAGAUUGUGUAAUUUCAAAAGCCAGGAACAAAUAGAUGAUUUUGUUUUAUUACAAGUUUAUGUUAGUUUAAAUGAGUAUAAACCAUCUAUGGUACAAAGUUAUUGUUUUUAAGUAUUCUGUUAUCUUAGUUUUUACUUUUGCACAUAAAUAAAUUUUAGAAUGGUCACGAGAUCUUUGCUGGUAGGAUUAUUUUUUGUAGCAGUUACAGUCUUUUAUUUUUUUGGAUUAUCACAAAGUGAAAUGGACUUCGGAUUCCUUAUACAUAUCCUUGCUCACAUAUAGUCACUAAAUAAUUAACAGUUGAAGGCACUUGAUGUAGGAUAUAAUUAUCAGCACAAGUGAGUUGAGCAUUUGUCAUUUAUGAGUGGUUAAUGGGGAAGGGCCUUUCAUUUACUGCUUUAAGCAGAGUUUAAGAAACUACUUAUGGAUGACUGUAAUCUGUUAGAUACCUAUUAGAGUUUGGAUGUUGAAACUAUUGCAGUAUGCCUAACGUGGUGUUCAUGUCUGUGGUAGGUCAGUGAGUAUCCUUCCUUCGUUAGCACAAAGAUGUAUAUUUGCAACACUGUUCAUAUGUGUUACAAAAGGGCCUUGGUGUGUAACCAGUCUUAUAGAGGACUUCAUCACAUUCAGUAAGGAGCUUGUAUUAUACCAGAAGAAGUCAUGUUAAAAUUGUGUAGCUUAAGAAUUUUUAAUAGACUUUCAAGAAAUAAUCUUGUGAUAAAUUUGAGAAGAAGCCAUAGUAAAAUUGGUGUUAUUGGAGUGCCAUUUGAUAAAGGACAGUUGAAGGGUGGUGUAGGAUCUGGACCAGAAGCCUUUAGAAAUCUUGGAUUAAUAGAAGAGUUACAAGGCCUUGGUUGUGAUGUCAAGGAUUUUGGAGAUGUUACAUAUGAACAAAUAGAAGGAUUAAUAGUUAAAAACAUGACUGCACUUGGACACAUUGCGGCAUGUCAGAAGGAGGUGUCGGACAGUGUAAUCCGUAUCAUAAAUGAAGGACGUAUGUGCCUAACAAUUGGUGGUGAUCAUUCAUGUAGCAUUGGAACUAUUGAUGGUCAUGUGAAAGCAAAAGGUAAUAUUGCUUUAUUGUGGGUGGAUGCUCAUGCUGAUCUCAACACAAAUGCUACUUCUCCUACUGGAAAUGUCCAUGGUAUGCCUGUAGCAUUACUGGCAAAGGAGUUGUCAGAUUACUGGCCAUAUUUACCAGGCAUGGAUUGGCAACAACCAAGGCUGUCUAUACGGAACAUUGCAUAUAUUGGUUUAAGGGAUAUUGAUUCAUAUGAGAGACUUGUCAUUGAUAAAUUUGCAAUAACAGCUUUUGGAAUGGAAGAUAUUGAAAGAUAUGGCAUCAUUGAAGUGACAAAUAUGGCUUUGAGAAGAAUUGAUCCAAAUAAUAACUUACCACUCCAUGUGAGCUUUGAUAUUGACAGUCUGGAUGCCUUAGAAGCCCCAAGUACAGGGACACCAGUUCGUGGAGGCUUAACAUUACGAGAAGGUAUUCAGGUAAUGGAGGAAUCAUACAGAACACAACGAUUGUCAGCAGUAGAUUUGGUUGAAGUGAAUCCAGGACUGGGCUCCCCAACUGAUGUGAAGAUAACACUUGAGGCAGCAAAACAUAUUAUCAGAGCAGCUUCUGGACAUAGCAGACGAGGACAGUCGCCAGAGAAUGUCCUUGAUCUCCCCCAACAGACAUUCCAUUCUGUCUCACAAUCUCCACACAAUAGUUAAUAAAAUGUAGCAUAAGAAAAUUCUUAUUAAAUGUAUUGUACUGUAUUCUUUAUCUUCAUCUUAUAAAUUAGAAUUAAAAUGUAAAAUGUCUACAUAUUUAUUACUAUGCUAGACUGGCUUUUCAAAUUAGUGAAUAUUUGUUCAUGAAUUGUAUAUUUUAGAAAAGGCAUAUUUUGUCUGAAUUACUAAAUCUUUUUCUUCUUUAUACUGCAUAGGACUUAAUAUGUAUAGAGUUAAUUGAAUGAAAUUAAUAAUGAAUUUAAUAAUGGUA